AUGUCAGGGCAUUCUGCAGACAGCAACCGGGUUGUGGAACACCAGGGACGUCGAGACUCUAUGAGUGGUGAUUUCAGCCAAGAAGAGAACGUAUCAUUCGCCGAAUUUACAAAAUCAACAACAGAAGAGACGCAGGACCCCAGCUCGUUCACGAGCACAACACAAGCCAACCGAGAGCUAGUCCUCCAAUUGGAAUCACAAAGCUUGAAAACCGAUAUUGAUGCAACUGUUAGCCAAUGGCUGUCUCUCAUUUCAGACCACAAGCCUCUACUAAGGUCUGACGAAGAAUGGGUUCCAACUGAGGAUCAAGCGUGGAACAAGGACGAGCAGGCAACAGAAUUGUUUUCGCAGGUACCUGAAGAGGAGAUUCCUGGUACACUCAUGCGCAUGGCCAACCGGGCGUACAGGUUUUGGGAACAGGGCCGGUGGGAGGCGGCAGAGAAGCUGCAGGUGCAGGUGGUAGAGUCAAGUGAAAGGGUACUCGGCAAGGAGCAUCCUCGUACGCUCACCAGCAUGGCCGACCUAGCGUCGACGUACCAUGACCAAAGACAAUUAACAAAAGCAGAAGAGCUGCAGGUGCAGGUGAUGGAAAUAAGUGAAAGGGUACUCGGCAAUGAGCAUCCUCGUACCCUCGCCAGCAUGGCUAACCUGGCGUUAACUUAUGCUAUGCAAGGCAGGUGGAAGGAGGCUGAGGAGUUACAGGUGCAGGUGAUGGAAACAAGUGAAAGAGUACUCGGCAAUGAGCAUCCUCGUACACUCGCCAGCAUGGCUAACCUGGCGUUAACUUAUGCUAUGCAAGGCAGGUGGAAGGAGGCUGAGGAGUUACAGGUGCAGGUGAUGGAAACAAGUGAAAGGGUACUCGGUGAAGAGCAUCCUGAUACGCUCAUCAGCAUGGCUGACCUAGCGUCGACGUACUAUGACCAAGGACAGUUAACAAAGGCAGAAGAGCUGCAGGUGCAGGUGAUGGAAACAAGUGAAAGGGUACUCGGCAAGGAGCAUCCUCGUACACUCACUAGCAUGGCCGGCUUAGGGUCAAUAUACUAUGACCAAGGACGGUUGAUAGAGGCAGAGAAGCUGCAGGUGCAGGUGAUGGAAACAAGUGAAAGAGUACUCGGCAAUGAGCAUCCUCGUACACUCGCCAGCAUGGCUAACCUGGCGUUAACUUAUGCUAUGCAAGGCAGGUGGAAGGAGGCUGAGGAGUUACAAGUGCAAGUGUUGGAGGCAAAAAAGAGGCGUCGACGUAUUAUCACCAAGGUCAAUGGGACGAUGCUAUUCGACUUCUGGAAGACUGUAUACGCUACAGACAGCGAUGCCUUGGUGCAGGUCAUCCGGACACAGUAUCGUCUAUCUCAGCUCUAUCGGAAUGGAAAGUAG